GUGCAUGGGGAUCUCCGCCUCUGCCUGUCACUGCAUGGAGGGUUUCCUGCUCCAGUGAGCAAAGGACAGCCUGUGGAUUGGGAAGGGCUCUUGGAUGAUCUCGCCAUGCCUAGCUUCGCCCCAGCUUUCCUUUCCCUAAACAGCAUAUGGAUGAAGAUGAGACGCCAUAAGCUCUUUCUGACUCUCUGCAUGGCUGGUCUCUGCCUCAUCUCCUUCUUGCACUUCCUCAAGGCCCUUUCCUAUGUCACCUUCCCCAGGGAGCUGGCUUCGCUUAGUCCCAAUCUCGUCUCCAGCUUCUUCUGGAACAAUGCCCCUGUCACACCUCAGGUCAGCCCUGAGCCAGGGGGUGCAGAGUUCCUCCGCACACCCUUGUACUCUCACUCCCCCUUGCUCCAGCCCCUCCCUCCCAGCAGAGCCAGCGAAGAGCUGCACAAAGUUGAGUUCGUGCUGCCAGAAGACACAACAGAAUACUUUGUCCGUACCAAAGCUGGUGGCAUUUGCUUUAAACCAGGCACCAAGGUGUUGGAGAAACCACCCGUGGGAGGUCGGCUGGAGGAGCGAGCGGAUGGCGCGGCCUCGGGGCGGCCGGUUCGCAAGCCACUGAGCACCAGCGGAGCCAAGCGGCGCAAGUGGGUGGAGUGUGUGUGCUUGCCCGGCUGGCACGGCCCCAGCUGCGGCGUCCCCACUGUGGUCCAGUACUCCAACCUGCCCACCAAGGACCGCCUCGUGCCUCGGGAGAUCCCCCGGCGGGUCAUCAACGCUAUCAACGUCAACCACGAGUUUGACCUGCUGGACGUCCGCUUCCACGAGCUGGGUGACGUGGUGGAUGCUUUCGUGGUGUGUGAGUCAAACUUCACAGCCUAUGGAGAGCCACGGCCCCUCAAGUUCCGCGAGAUGCUCCUCAACGGCUCCUUUGACUACAUCCGCCACAAGGUGCUCUAUGUCUUUCUGGACCACUUUCCCCCCGGCGGCCGCCAGGACGGCUGGAUUGCUGACGACUACCUACGUACCUUUCUCACCCGGGAUGGCGUCUCUCGCCUCCACAACCUGCGCCCGGAUGAUGUCUUCAUCAUUGAUGAUGCUGAUGAGAUCCCGGCCCGUGAUGGCGUGCUCUUCCUCAAGCUCUAUGACGGCUGGACAGAGCCCUUCGCCUUUCACAUGCGCAAGUCACUCUAUGGCUUCUUCUGGAAGCAGCCAGGCACCUUGGAGGUGGUCUCAGGCUGCACCAUGGGGAUGCUCCAGGCUGUCUAUGCUACUGACGGGAUACGAUUGCGACGCCGUGAGUACUACACCAUGCCUGGUUUUCGGCAGUAUGAGAACAGCACAGGACAUAUCCUGGUGCAGUGGUCGCUGGGCAGCCCCCUCCACUUUGCUGGCUGGCACUGCUCCUGGUGUUUCACCCCUGAGGGGAUCUACUUCAAACUGGUGUCAGCCCAGAAUGGGGACUUCCCCCGCUGGGGUGACUAUGAGGAUAAACGAGACCUCAAUUAUAUCCGGGAGCUGAUCCGGACUGGUGGCUGGUUUGAUGGUACUACGCAGGAGUAUCCCCCUGCUGACCCCAAGGAGCAGAUGUACGCUCCCAAGUACCUGCUGAAGAACUACCAGCGGUUCCGCUACUUGUUGGAGAACCCCUACCAAAAAGCAGAGGGUGCUGGGUGAGGCCACGAAGCUCAGGCUCAUGUGGGAAUUCAGAACUUCACAAUAAAGGGAAAGAGUCAGGUGUUUUCGUCUGUUCCUUUUCUUUCUUUUGUUUCCUUUGUUUAUAGGCAGGGUGUGCCAUUUCUCUGGGGUCUCUGCCCUCCCUCCCUCCUUCUUCUUUUUCCCUUCAUCCCAGGGUGAUGCCUGGGAACCUGAAUUCCUCAGUCACAUGGGCAGGAGGAGGAGAGAUAUUGGGGACCUACUCUGAUAGUAGCAUAAAGACUUUAUUGCAUCCUCCAAACCUCUCCUGCUGCCUGGAGAGAAUCUCUGCAGCCAGCUGGCAGAUUUUCCUCCGGGAGAGGCUGGGAGGGUACCGUGGGGAGAGUGGGCAACUGUUCCCAUCCACCCUCAUCCUUCAUGGAUUGGAGCAAGCACAGAUGCAAGCCUGGGCUAUUCAGUGAGCGUGUGAGUCAGCAGACACAAACUGAUGCAAGUGGCCAUGUCUGAUGUGUGUCACUAGCAUUUUUUGGAUGAGUGAAUGUGCAGAAACAUCUCAGAAUGCUUUUUCUUUUUGUUUUGUUGUAUACCUCUAUAUUCAGAGAGUAUUUUGGGGAAGGGAAAUCCUUUGCUUCUAAGGUGUCCUCCCCAAAAUGCAUCCCCCUCUACAGGUUUAAUGCAUCUGGGCUGUAUGUUGCCCCAGCGCUCUACCAAUCCCGGAGCAGGCAGAUGGGAAGCAGAGGAGAAAGCCGGCUUUUGUUGUUUGCUUUUUUCCACUCAUUUUCUGCCCCUGCCCCCAUGACACUGCACUGGCUUGUCCCACAGAAGCCGAAGUGUUUUCCCCUGCAGUAUGUGCUUCAGUUGGGGCUGGGAUAAGCUGCAGGGCACUCAACCAGAUGGUGAGAGUGUGUGUUUGCAAGUGCAUGGUUUCCUAUGUGCAUGAGUGCUAACAUGCAUGGGUUUGAUGUGCACGUGGGCGUUUGUUACCAGUACUGGGGGGGAAGGGGGCAUAGUUGGGCUUGGCUGUGUGUGCUUUCAGGAAAUAGUGGGAUCCAGAAGCUGCAAACUCAGUCUUGGCAUGGAUGACUUCUUGAGGAAGUCAUACAAGAGGACCAGGGAUAGCAUUGGCUCUGCAUAGCAGUACUGUACAUGUCGGACUGUUGCAUACCUCUCUGGCUGCCUCUGCAAUCCCACAGGCAGUGCCUGCUGCAGAGUUGCUGCUUACACGUGCUGGCUAUUCCUUCUUACCAUGGGGUAGUAAAAGGGAGAAGAUGAAGGGUAAACUUCUGAGUUUGUUGUGGGGGAAACAGAGCUGGUCAAGGCACAGGAUCCAUCUGUCUGCUCUUAGGGCGUGAGUGAGCUCAUGAAGAAACAGGCCAUGGGCAGAUUCUCAUGGGGCCAAAAGACUGUUUUGGGACUACCAUGCAAUCCAGAGAGUGUGUGCAGCCCACAUCUCCAGCCUGGACCAUGCAGAGGGGAGGGGAUCUAGGAGGACGCUAGUUGCAGCUCUCUGGGCUGGUGUCUGCUCAGUUUGCCAGGGAUGGGUAGUGAGGAUCUGGCCUGUUGUAUUGGAUUGAUUCAGUUCAUUGAAGAGGCAGAUUCAUGUCUCCACCCUUCCUUAGCAGAUGGCUUGACAGGGUGCCCAGACCCUGGGCCGUAGCAGGUAGAGGGUGAAAAACAUUAUGAACUUGCUCUCUUAGCCUUGCAGUGGAAAGACUGACUCAUGUUCCAAGCAGAGAUCAUAUGGAAGAGGAGAAAGAGGAAAACGCUGGCAUAAAGAAGUGGCCCUUUUGGCCAGCUGUUCUAAAGCAGGGGGGUUUCCUUUGCCCUUAACUCCACCAGGGCUCUGCGUUCUUGUGUUGUCCAGCAUGUGCCACCCUUGUGCUUCAUUCCUAUCCAUGACUCUCUUUUUCCCUCCUAAUCCCUCUCUAGAGAAGGGAAAAAUGUCAGCAAAAGUAACUUGGUUGCCUAAUAAGGCUGAGACUGGAACAGAGUAAAGAUGAACGUCUUUUUCUGAUCAAAUUGAGAUGCAGUUCAUCUUAGCUCCUUUCAUGUCUUGUGUGCCAUAAUGCCUGCUUAUAAGAACUGAAGGAACCUCUUUUCUUGUUAUUGGGGGGUUUUUUGUCUUUUUAAAUCACUGUUCUCACUUUUGUUGUGUCUUCCCCUCAGGCAGAAAGCCCCCUUGGGAACUGGGUGGAGUGAGAAGCUUUGCUAGGCAGAAUGCUCUUCUCCCACAAUGAAGUUGUGGCUCUUCUAAGUCCAGACUUGUUGAUGCAGCAGGAGGGACUCUUGUCAUAGUCACGGGGUCCUGGUGCCAAGCAACUGUGUGGAGGUCUUGGGUGCAGAAAGAUUGUAGAGAAAUGGGGACCCAGCUGAGAAAGAAGGAGCCUGCGUUGAGCAAGAUGAAAGCUGUACCACUGAGGCUGUAGCACAAGGGGAAUGUGCUUUCCCUGGGGACAGCAGGAGGAGAGCAGGUGUGUUAGCUCAUAGGAUUCAGCAGCUGAAAAGUAUAGCAGGAAGAAGCUAUUUCUCAUUUUUACUCAUAGGAGGGAGCCUGAGAUCUGCUCUUGGACCUUUGGCAUUGCCUUGUCUUAGUGAUUGCAACACAAGGCCAAUGCCAGGCUUUGCUGGAGACAGAAGAGAAAGACAAGUCAGUCUUUGCAUGGGUGCUUUAGCAUCACUGGAGCCCUGUGAAGCAGGGGCUGAAGUGCCUGUGUGCUGAGACUGCACCUCAUUAUCUUCCACAGUGGGAGCAGCUUCUCGUCUAAUACCAGUCCUUCUCAUGCAUGGCCGUCCUCAGGGAUUUUUAGUGCACUGCAAAUCAUGUUUUCAGUGUUGAGGUAUGGCCUUUGUCUCUUGGGAGUUUCAGAUAAGUCUACAGCUGCAGUAUCUGCAACUCCUAUUCCUGAAGUACAGCCUGUUGUCUUCUCCAUUAUUUGCUCCAUCAUUCUCCUCUUCCUCUGAUUUGUCUUUCCCUUUUGCCCCCUUAGGCUGGAGGAGAAGGUCCUACUGGAAUAGCAAUGCUCAGGUUCUUCUGUAGGACUCUGGCCCUGUCUGCCUUCUGGACUUACUCACUUCCUUACUCUAAGGAAAUUAAAUUUAAACCAGACUUCUGUUGUGGUGGAAGGAAGGGGCUUUACAGAUGCAAUGCAUUCUUUUUUGUUUCUCUUUCUCAAGAAUUGUUUAAACAUUUUUUUGAUAUAAGGCCAAACUAGUCAAUGUUUCUGUCUAAUUUGUCUGGCUAGCCCUGUGUUUAUUAUCCUUAGGGAGCUAGAAUGCUUGUCAUUAAAAAUCUUCCUUUUUGUCCCUGGAGGAACAGACACCAGCAAGCUGACUUUUGCACAGUAAUUUUCCAAGGCAGUGGCUUGCCCUCUGUUCAGCCUUGCCUGUACUGCUGUGCUAGGACCUCUGCAACCAGUGCAUGGAGGGGACAGCCACCCCCCAGACAACCACCACAGGAGGGAACCCAAAAGCAUGUGGGUGUAUGAGGCGGGAGAAAGGUGAAGCAAGAGGCAGGUUUCUGUUAGAUCUUUGUUUCCCAGUGCUGAACUGUGAGUAUUGAGACUCCUUCAUCUUAUCUGAACCAGGUACUGAGGCUUGAGAAGGACCAAUAACCCUGUCCUGCCUCUGGGCUGGAUAAAACUACCAGAGCCUGACGUCUAUGGGUUGUUGCAGCCAUAAACAGUGAAACCUGCUGUCUCUCUGGGAGCAAACUCUCUGGUGGAAGGAGGGAAUGCAUCGCCAGCCUUUCCUGCAGCCCUCUUCAGCCUUGUGCUUUUUCUUUCCCUAGAUGUUUCUACCUUCAAAUUGGUGCAAAGGAAGGCCAGGUAGUAGGUGAAGUAGUGAGUGGCACACCCGAGCCUUGCAUUUCUUUCUGCCUGCCUAUCUUCUGUUGUCUGUCUUAGUGCUUCCCACCUGAAAAAGGAAUUGUGUGCCCAUGCAUGGCUUUAGUCGGAGAACCCAUCUUCCUCCUCUGCCCUGAGUGAAGGGAAGGACCUGCAGCAGUUGAGUUUGCUAAAGCAGGGGGAGUAGGGCAGGUUAGACAUCUUUGCCCCUUUGUGUGUAAUGCCAUGCCCAAGUGACAGACAGAAAAGAAAGGGUGAUUUUGUGCCUGUGUGGUUGGUAUGAAGGAUGACACGCUCAAGCCCACUCUUGCUGUUGCUUUCUCUGAUCCCUGUAUCCUGCUAAGGUGUUUGCUGUUGUGCUGCUCAGGCCAGCCUGUUCUUCGUGUCUCUGUGACAGGUAAACAAGGAAACUUUGUGUCCUCCAGGUAACGUGAGUUGUGAUGGAGGGAGGGUAUUCAUUCCCCUCCGCUCACCUUGGUGUGUCCUUGUGGGCUGUUAGUGUCUCUUCCCCUCUUCAGUAUCCCCCAGGCUCUCUCCCUGUCUCCCAGCUCCUGCCAGCAAUCUCCAUGGCUGCUAUGCCUCUGCACUGUGAAGACACGUGUCCAGGGUCACUCCUGGUGCGAUUAGUGAACACUGGUGGUGAAGAGGAAGGGAUGACUAGUCCUGGCUUCAUUGGUCUCUAACCUUGGCGAGAAAGGAGGGAAAGGAGUGGGAAAAUGGAUCCUGUAUCCCUCCAUUAGUGUUCUCCCUACCCUCCCCAAACCCCUCCUUUCUGGUAUCUGAGACAUUGGACAAACUCACGUUAUGGAAAGAGAAGGAAGAGAAGGGGAGCUGGAGAGUAAGGGGGUAAUAGGAGGGGCUCAGAUCCAAUACCAAGAAAGAAGAGCCGUUUCUAAUGCAAUACACUGUAAUUUUAAAGCUUUGGGGACUAUAUACAUUGGAUUAAGAAGGGAUCUGAAAUGCUCUGAGACUCUAAGAAUUUGAACCACUGGUUUUUCCUUCCUGUGAGGAUAAUGAUGCAGUAUCGUCCUGGAGGUGGUCUAGCAGCACUUCUGAGCCUGAGAUCGACCUGGACCUACUGGUGGUGUUGCCCCGGAGUGGCUCCAGAACACCCUGCUUUGGAAAAAGAAUGUGUGGACUUGCCAAAAAAACAAAAAGAAAAGAAAAAAUAAGAGCAUCUGCAAAUCUCCUUUCCACUCUGUAAUUUAUAAACAGCAAGUAAUAAUGAACUUUUUGUAAGGAUAAAUCAAAUGUACAUUCUGAAAUCAUUUUCUCUGUAAAUGGUUGGAUUUCAUUUCACCCUUAAAGGGAUGCUUAAAAGGAGGAGAUAAUAAUAAAAAUAAAAAAAUUUACAAAGUAUGAAAGGA